AUGGACCAUUUAAUAUCACCAUCAUUUCAUAACCAUUUGAAUAAUUUUAUUAUAGCUGCUAAACAAUAUUCAUGUUGCCACGAUAAAUUAUCUUUAAAUGGAGUUCUCUGUUCAUUACAAGUCCUUGGACAAUUAUCUAAUGAAUUUAUUUUUAUUUCAAAAGACACAUUAACACAUGAUUUUUAUAUGAAGUUAUAUGAAUUGAUGAGUAUUACUAAUGACGAUUCUGAGAUUAUGUGGGCAGCUGUUAAUUUUUUGCAGACCAUUGUAAAGCAAGGAUUUUUUCAUGACAUAAUACUAAACAAAAAUGAAUUAACACUAAUUUUGACAAAAUUACUUAAAGAUGAAUUAUCAUUAGAUAAAAAAAUCAAAAUACUAAAACUACUUCAUGAAUUAACAUAUAGAAUGAAACUACAAUGGCAGGAAAGCCAUUCAUCUGAACUAAUUAGUAUGUUAAUAAAAUGGAUAUCAACAGAAGACAAAGAUCUUAUAUCAUUAAGCUUAGGAGUUUUAGUAAAUGUGUGUUGUAAAAACAAAUUUGCCAUAUUUACUCUUGUGAAAUGUACACAUUCUAAAUCCUUCAUGCGUCUACUUUUAAAACUACAAUCCGAUGAUAUAUUUAUCAAAAUUCAAGUGUAUAAAUUAUUAUUAAUUUUAGAACAUGUAUCUGGUCAGAUACCACAUGUUGAUGUUAACAAUUUAAUUGAUGUAACAUUUGUUGUUUUGGAAGAAGGACUUAAACUAAAAAAUGUAUUUGUUUUACAUCAUGCAGUUGACUUUUUUAUUGAUAUUAGUGAACAUGCACGUUGGAAAAAUUAUGUUUUAGAAUAUGACGGCUAUAAAACAAAUGUAAUUAAAAUAUUAGAAGCUAUGAAUGAUUUUAAAUGUAUUGAGAAAACCCAUAACAAUUAUUACUUAAUAUUGCAAAGUGUGGACUUACUUUUGCAAUUUGUCCAUCAUAUAAUCCAAUUCAAGAAUGAAGAUUUAAUCAUAUUAUAUCCUAAAAUAAUAAUAUACAUUUUGCAUUGGACUCAAUUUUCAAAUCUUCAUGAACAAUCAAUGUCAAUUUUACAAACAAUAAUUAUUAAUGUACGAAGUUAUAAUAAUUCUAUGGAUCAAACGCUUCAAUGUGAUAUUUAUGAAAAUCUGGAGAAGAGUUUAUAUGUUUUACUAAUGAUUUUAUUUGAACCAAAUAAAAAUAUAGAAAAUAAUUCUAAUAUAUGUACAUGGAAUAAAUAUGCUAUAUGCUUAAGACUUCUUCAAGAAAUGUUAAAAAUGCAAAAUUUAUAUGAAAUAAUUGAAGAAAAACUUAAUAUUUCAUCUCUUCAGUCUUUAUUUCAUUCUUUGAUAUUGAUUGAUAUUAACAAUUUAAAUAAUCUACAAAAUAUCAAAUUUGUGUAUAUCGAAGCUCUAUGUUUUUUAUCUGAAUUAGUGGCAAAGAAUCCUACUUGGAUGUCUUUAUAUUCUGAGAUAUUGAAUCAAAAACACGUUUAUCGUGUACUUGCAUUUAUAAUUUAUAAAGGUUCAAAAAAUAUGAAACAAAAAGUAUUAGAUCUCAUAACUAAAUUUUCACAACAAAGUACUUUAAUGUUAUCCGAUUGUUUGGAAGAAAUAGAACAAUUAUCUUUAGCUAAAGUAAAAAAUAUGACAACUACAAAUUCAGAAAUAAAGCCUAUAUGUUCAUUUGCUCAAGAAGAACAAAUACAAAUGUUUAUUGAUAAAUUAGAAAAUAUAUUCAAUUCUAAUGAAAAACUUAGUAUAAAAACGAGUAAUGUUAUUACAUUAUAUCAGUACAAAAUGAAUACAUUUAAACAAACUGAAGUGUGGUUAAAACAAAGUCUUGAUAAUGCGUCUGAAGAAAUAACACGGUUAAAUUAUAAAAUAGUUUGUUUAAAUAGUGAAUCAAUGGAACUAAAUCAAAUGUUAUUAGAUAAUCAUAAAGAAAUUGAAGAGUUGACAAUAGAAAAUGAAAAUUUAAAAAAAAAAUUAAAUGAUAUUACAGAACAAUUUGCUACAACUAGUAAUGACUUUGCAAAACUUUCUCGAAAUUAUGAAUCAAAACGUCAAAUUAUUCAAGAGCAAAAUGCAUCAAUAAAAAACCUUGAAAAACAAUUAGAAGAACUACAUUUAGAAAGCGAUAAAAUGAAAACUAAUUUACUAGACCAAUUAAAAAAUGAAAAAGCUGAAAAUAAAAUUCAAGUUUCAAAGUUGGAACAACAAUUAACUGAAAAACAAAGUAUCAUUAAUGAAAAAAUAGAAGAAAUCAACAACAAAGUAUCUUUUAUCAAAAAUCUAGAAAACAUUGGUUUAGAAAAAGAUAAAGAUAUUAUUGAUUUGCGUAAACAACUACAAGAACAACAUAGAGUUCGUGAAAUGAUAAGUCAAAUGUUAGCUGCUACAUCCAGUAAACCUUAAUUAUCUGAUAUCUAAUCUUGACUUAGUUAAUUUGUGUUCCUAAGUUAAAUCUAGAAAUCUAUGUUUAAAAAAAAAAAAUGUUUUAUAACCAUCAUAAGUUAAUUUCACAAAGUUAAUUUAAUUAUGUGUUUUUAAAUCAUAGUUUUUACUUAUUUAGUAAGUAUGU